UAGCAGCAACACACCCAAGUGUCUGAGUUCGUCCAACUACCCCAUUGUUCGAGUCCACGAUUUCACACGUCCCAAGUAUCAACAUUCGCCUCCAGGAAUGUCGACCUCCAGAUCUGCUCUCCGCUUUCUGCCUCGCGCAGCUUCAGCUGCUGCUCGCCGCCCAUGCAUCGUCCACCCAAAUGCUCUGCCGCAACAAGCACCGCCAGCUCGACGCGUGAGCAGGGUUACGGUUUCUCUAUCCAAGCAAGUCGAUAAGCCGAGAUGGUACUCGAGCUCUAGUGGAAGUAGCAAGGUUUAUGACUACGAGGCUGUGCAAGAAUUGAUCAAAAGUCCGAGUGUGGAUCGUGUGCUCAUUGAUGUCCGCGAGCCUGCCGAAUACGACGACGGUUUCAUCCCCACCGCAAUAAAUAUCCCAGUCAAGUCCGCGCCCGACGCGAUCUUCAUGGACCCUGAGGAAUUUGAGGAUAAGUUUGGGUUCCAGAAACCGAGUCCAGCGCAUGAGUUGGUGUUCUAUUGCAAGGCUGGUGUGCGAAGUAGUUCGGCGGCACAGCUGGCGAGGCAGAGUGGGUAUGAGAAGGUGGGGGAGUAUAGAGGAAGCUGGAUGGACUGGGUGCAAAGGGGUGGGCAGACGAGUAAGCCAUAGGAUUCACCCAAGGAGACGAUCUGAGGCGUAUGGAAUGGAGUUGCUUUGAGACUGGUACGA